GAUGGCGGGCGGCUCCUCCCCACACCGUGUAGUCUGCUACGCAAAGCAGCGGCUUGGGCACAAAGCGACCCGCGUUCCUAUACAGCGGCUUGUCUGUGCGUGGAGGACAUGGAGCCGUGCUAACCACUUUGAAUAAAUAAGGACUCCGUUUCCCCCGGUGUCUGCUUUCACAUGAAUCCGUGAUGAGAGUGGCCAGGAGGAGAGAUCGAGGGUUUUCUGCUAUCUGGACCGGCGGUGCGCAAAAGUGCGCUCCGCGCCUCAGCAUCAUCCGCUCCUGAGAUCAACCCAGACCCAAGAGGCGCGCAGAGAUCAUCACCGACCCCCCGUGCGAGAUGUACUGUGGACUGCUGAUGAUUUCUCCUCCUCCUCCUGCUCAGAUUCAAUGGCAGACAAAGACUGCAGUUCCCAUUUCUGUUCCUGCCACUUUUGAGCUCAGAAAUACAGAAAGACUGAUCCUCGGCUAAACCGCAGUCUCCUCUCUUUGCUUCUCUCUCUGACACUCACCUAGCCUCCGCUUCUCAGUCCAUCAUUAUGGCUUGUUUUCUGGCAUCUGCCUUUCUCCUGGUUCUCCAGACAUAUGCUGCCCCGCCUGAGCUUGUCCAAGCUGGAUUUGGCAUAACACUGGACCCGAUGGACCUUGGCGCUGGACUGCCAGCCAAUGUUUCUGGAGACUUGCCUCCAUCUCCACCUCCUGGGACUAGCAAACGAGCGCCACAAAGUAUCAUUAUUGGGGUUCGUAAGGGGGGCACGAGAGCCCUUCUGGAAAUGCUAGACAUUCACCCUGAGGUUGCUGCUGCUGCUACCGAGGUGCAUUUCUUUGAUUGGGAUGAGAACUAUGCCAAGGGUUUUGAGUGGUACCGCGAGUUGAUGCCCUACUCCUACCCACACCAGAUCACGGUGGAGAAGACCCCAGGCUACUUCACAUCGGCCCUGGCACCCGAACGUAUCCGCGCCAUGAACUCCUCCAUUAAGCUGCUGCUGAUCUUGCGUGACCCAACUGAGAGGGUCAUCUCUGACUACACCCAGGUGUACUUCAACAGGCUGGAGAACCACAAGCCAGUGCAGGCCAUUGAGAACCUGCUGGUGCGCAACGGAGCCCUAAAUACCCGCUACAAGGCCAUUCAGAGGAGCCUGUAUGACAUCCACAUGCGCAACUGGCUGCGCCACUUCCCCCUGGAGCAGAUACACAUUGUGGAUGGGGACACUCUGAUCCGCAACCCCCUACCAGAGCUUCAGAAGGUGGAACGCUUUCUCAAUCUGCCCCCCAGGAUAGUGUCCUCCAACUUCUACUUCAACCAGACCAAGGGGUUUUAUUGUAUCCGGAGCGAUGGGCGAGAGCGCUGCCUGCAUGAGUCCAAGGGCCGUCCCCACCCGGCAGUCAACAGCACCGUGCUCCAGCAGCUCCGCUCCUACCUACGGGAGCACAACCGCACGUUCUACAGGCUGGUGAAGCGCACCUUUGACUGGCAAUAAGGGACCCAGAUCACACACAGUACCUUUUCUGUGAGGGGGAAAAAAAGGGGGGGCAUAAAGCACUUUAUGAACCUGACAUUUAAACACCCCAUUGAAUAGCCUCCAAAUUACUCCAGUUGUAAGCUCUGGUUUGAGCAGAGCAGUUCUAUAUUUACAUGAUAAGGCAAAAAAAAACAAACAAAAAAAACAUCUAAAACUGUAUCAACAGGAGUAAGAAAACUGGAAAAACCCCCAAGCUUGAUAA